AUGGUAUCUAGUAUUCAUUCAGUUAAGAAGGUGCAUCGAAUUGCUUGCAUACCCGGAGAUGGCAUCGGCACCGAGAUUACAGAAGCAGCUAUUCAAGUCCUUACAACCCUCCAGAAAACGCUAGGUUGGUUCUCUUCCACUAUCUUUGGGAGGUUGUUCAUGAUACUAAAGCUCGCCCUCCUAUUAGGUACCUUCGAGUUCGAUUUCACCCACCUCGACUGGUCUUCCAAAGCCUACCUCGAGCGCGGCUGGUACAUGCCACCCGACUGGGCGGACCAGCUCAGGAAACACGAUGCCAUCUACUUCGGCGCAGUCGGCUGGCCCGACGUUCCCGACCAUAUCUCCCUCUGGAACCUUAUCCUCCCCAUUCGCAAAGUGAUGAGCCAGUACGUCAACCUGCGCCCUACACGCAUCCUAGAAGGCAUCGCAAGCCCUAUGGCCAAUGUGAAGAGAGAGGAUCUGGACUGGGUGAUUGUGAGGGAGAAUAGCGAGGGAGAAUAUUCUGGGCAGGGAGGCACAUCGCACGAAGACACUCCUCACGCUGUAGCAACUGAGAUAUCGAUCUUUAGUCAAGUAGGCAUAGAACGCAUAAUGCACUUUGCCUUUCAAACCGCACUCUCCCGACCUCGCAAGAAGCUCACGAUGGUCACCAAGUCCAACGCCCAGCGCCACGGCAUGGUCCUCUGGGACAAGGUUUUCUACACGGUGGCGAAGGAGUAUCCGGAUGUGGAGAUUGAUAAGAUGCUUGUGGACGCCAUGACGGUGCGCAUGGUGCUUCACCCAGCAUCUUUAGACACGAUCGUGGCGACGAAUCUUCAUGCGGAUAUUUUGUCCGAUCUUGCUGCUGCGCUGUCGGGCUCCAUUGGUAUUGCACCCUCGUCGAACCUGGAUCCUACAAGGAAGAACCCGAGCAUGUUUGAGCCUAUCCAUGGGUCUGCGCCGGACAUUGCGGGCAAGGGGAUUGCGAAUCCAGUAGGUGCUUUUUGGAGCGCGGCGGAGAUGGUGCGGUGGCUUGGCGAGGAGAAAGCCGCCGACACAUUGAUGAAGGCGAUUGAGAACGUCACUCAGGCGGGCGUGAAGACCAAAGAUUUGGGCGGGAGUGAGAACACGAAAGGUGUUACGGAGGCGGUGUGUAAAGAAAUCGAGAAGGUGCUGGGGGCCCAGUAA